AUGGAUAUAUUAGAUAUCCUUUUGCAAGCUGGAUUGAUAACGGGCGCAUUGGUUACGUAUUUAAUUUAUUUUAGAAGAUCCACUGACAAAGCUGGACACUAUCGAGGAAAAGAAUGGAAUUACCCAAUAAAAUAUUUAAUUGCUCGUUACGCAAUAAAACGAUGGAAGUCACAGUUGCCUUCCAAAAUUGUGAUAAAGGAAACGCCUACAGAAAAGCUUAUUGGCGGAUGGGAUACUAUAACAAUUAGAGCAACUGCACCCGAUGGGGCCAUUUUGCUUCUGGGUAUACGUCAAUUAGGCUGGCGCAAGACUUUGGCCGAGGUUACACUUCAUGUUAAAUUAGCUGAUGGAACCGCUUACAAAUUGCCACGUCAUCCUGAAGUGCUAGUUGGAGCAUGGGAAGGCAUAGAAAAUGGUUGGAGUGCCGAAGGGUUGAAAAUACAGAUCCUUGAACCAGAGCAAAGAUUGAGAAUUCUUUACAAUGGACUUUUAACGCGGACCGAAGACAAUGUCACGCAGCAUGUUCGCCUCAAUCUAAUAUGGGCGUCAGCUACUAGUGUAAUACGUCAUCCCGAAGAUUGGAGUGAGCAACUCGCUGCUCGUGCGUUGGCGUUGGAAACCUGGCGGGAAGGCUCUUGGGCGCAAAUGCUGGAAAAAUGUGGUGACGGUAGCUGGUUACAAUGGGGAGCUGUUCAAGGUCGCCUGCAGUCGUAUGACAGCGACGGUGUGCCCCAGCGGAGCGAGUACCUGCGACUCCGUGGAAUUCGGGAGAGGAGUUGGUCAGCCCACAAUCAGGCUUGUCCCCGCCGCGCUGUCACAUUAACGGCCUGUGCUAAAGAUGGUACCGCCAUCAUGUUACGAGGCCUUUCAUAUAAGAAUACUUUGACUGAGUUGAUCUCCGGCUGCGUCAGAUUGCCAGAUUACACAAUCAGACCAUUAAUUUCUACGGAUUUCAUAAUGUCUGAUUUUUGUGAAACACCAGAGGGAAUACCGAAGGCUUAUACAAUAACUGCGAACAUAAAAGGUCGUAGCUUAAAAGUCGUGCUAAGAAUCAAUGACGAUGGUGGUCAACUUCUCGCUGGGGUUUCUCACAAGCAAGAGAUAGUGUACCGAAGUCUGGCGGUGGAAAUAAAUGGCGAACACGGUGCUGGGAUUCUGGAACUGAGUUAUGAGUCAUUAGCUAAAAAUGAUCCUCCAGUACAACCAGUGAGACGCUCCUUAAGGUGGUUGAGCGAGGAAACAGCUGGAGAAGUAGGAUAUUGUGUAAGCUUCGAAGAUAGAGCUGCAGCUUGUCCUAAUUACGUCGGUGGGAAAGGAGCUUCAUUAGCACUCCUCGCCUCAGUGCAAAAAGAAGAGGGUUACCGAGUCCCUCCUGGUUUUUGUUUGACUACCCGAGCGUUGGAGCAACAUCUGAAAGUUCACCCAGAGUUGGUGGAAGCCAUUAAGGAUAUCGAAGCUGCAAACGAAAAUUAUGAGGAAGCAAAUUUUAAGGAGAAAUGCAAAAAAACAGUGGAACUAUUUAUGAAGACUGAGAUAACUGAAGACGUCAAAGAAGAAAUAUUGCGUCAUUUAAACAGUUUAAGAACGAAAAUCAAAGAAGAAAGUCGAGGCAUUGAAUUACGUUUCGCAGUCAGAUCCUCUGGUGUGGGAGAGGACAGUGAGGCGACGUCAGCGGCCGGACAGAAUGAGACCGUGCUGGGCUGUGUUAGCGAUUCCGACGUGCUGCGAGCCGUGCAACGCUGCUGGGCUUCUAUGUUUGCCUUCACGAGUGCAUACUAUCGAAGACAGAACGGGCAGGCGUGCUGGUGCGGCGGCGGCGUGGUGGUGCAGGCGCUGGCGGCGGCGCGCGCGGCCGGCGUGCUGUUCACGCGCCACCCGCGCGCCGGCCCCGCGUGUCUGCUGCUCGCCGCUUCCUACGGCCUCGGCGAGAGUGUUGUUUCGGGCUCAGUAGAGCCUGACACGAUAACAGUAAGGCGAGAAGGAAAUGACCUUAAAAUAGACAAAAUAGAACUUGGAUCGAAGAAACAGAAAGUAACCCCUGAUAGUAAUGGAGUUGCUGUAGAGGAAGUGUCAGAAGCAGAUCGUGGGGUAGCCUGCUUGUCGGAAUCUGAAAUAUUAAAAUUGGCAAAGAUAGGUGUGGCCCAAGAACAAUUAUGGGGUGCCGGAAGAGAUAUUGAAUGGGCUAUAUGUGACGGUGAAGUAUUUUUAUUACAAGCGCGCCCUAUCACAUCGCUUGAGCGUUGGACUGAAGAAGAACUACUACAUGAACUGGAUUUCCCGAUCAUGUCAGAUGACGAGCUCAUAACUUUUGCAAAUACAGGCGAGGUACUUCCAAAACCUGUGACGCCGUUGACAUAUGACCUAGUCGUGACACCCCUCGAAAAGGGAGUGUACCAAAUGGUGGGAAGCAAAGGCGACGGCUACGAUAAGAGUAUUAUCGUAACCCAGAACAGGUGUGCCCUUGUUCUUUACAAUUCUGUUUAUCGAAGGGUCCCAAACGAAAUAGACAUUGGGAUUCGUAUGUUAGAAAUGUCUCUUCACGGCCACAAGGUUGCGGAUGACAAUAUCUUAAAUACAGCUUUGCACAGGAGGCGGACGCAUUUCAUUGAAAGAGCAAUCCACACGUGUAAAAUGUUUAUGACGGUGUUAACAACAAAGUCAGUAAUGAAUGAUACAAUUGAACGCGUUACAAAAAUGAAAUUAGACAUGGACACAAGUAACCCCCUGGAGUUAUUGAAAUCAAUAUCUGAAAGGAAGAGCGAAAUGCAAUCAUUUUCUUAUAACCACAGCAAUACAAGCUCCGCAAGUUCGGUGACACAGUUUAUAGCGAUGAGUGUACUUUUAGAAGGGAAAGCAGAUUUUACACCUGAGCAGUGCAACGAGAUUAGCACACUACUUAGUUCUGGCGAUGUCCUCUCAGCUGAAGUGCCGUUAGCGUUAGCAGAGUUAACCAAAAAAUUGGAAGAUUCAGGAAAGGUCGAUGAGUUCCGCCUUCAAGAACCCAAGACUGCAAUGAAUUGGUUACAAGUUAAUCUUCCUCAAGUGCAUAAUGACGUUUGUAAAUUUUUAGAGCAGCAUGGCUACAGAGCUAUAAUGGAGUUUGAUUUAGCAACGAAGCCGUGGGUAUUGGUGCCAGAAGAGUUUAUUAAAGUACUUCAAUCGAUGCGAACAGCAAAAGAGAAUACUCAUACAUCUAAAAGCAACGCUGAAAUCGUAGCCUCUCUGAAGACACCUCAGAAAUCUAGUACAAGAAGAGCUCUGCGUUGGAUACUUCCUCUGUGUCACGGAUCUGUGCGUCAUCGAGAAGGUACUAAAGCCCAUCUCAUCCUCGCCGUACACAAGCUAAGACUAGCGGUCCGUCGCUUGGCGCGGCUGCUGGUGCGUCAAUGGUACCUGCCAGAUCCCGAUCUUAUAUUCUUCUUUAGACUAAACGAACUUCAAGAUUACAUUGAAAGAAGGAAUCCGGCAAUCUUAAGAAAAGCAAUACAACGACAACAGUUUUACCCCGGGUGGUGUAAACUGAAAUUCGCUGAAAUUAAUACCGGAUGGUUUGAGCCGCUUAAUGUUCAAGGGCUUCAAGUCACUUCUGGUGACGUCCGAAUUGAAGCGACGUCUGUGUGUGGAGGAGAGGUCGUUGCAAGAGCGUGCGUUAUAAAGGAUCUUUCAGAGAUCAACCAACUGCAGCGAGGAGAUAUACUAAUAACGCAUUCGACUGAUAUUGGUUGGUCACCAUACUUCCCGCUACUGAGCGGCAUUGUCACCGAGCUUGGCGGCCUUAUCUCUCAUGGUGCUGUAAUAGCUCGUGAAUACGGCUUGCCGUGUAUAGUUGGCGCAACGAAUGCUACAGACGUUUUCGUAACUGGUGACUUAUUGCGGCUGUCGGGUACGGCGGGAGUCGUGGAAAGAGUUCACGUUGAACAGGACGAUAAUGCCAAGGAACAAUCGUAA